GUCAGUUGGGCGUGUAAUCCAGCGCUUGGUAGGUAGAUAGUCGUAGGCAUAUCAGCUCAAAGUUAACACAGCAAGCCUGAGCCCAGCCUAUGCUAGAGAAAAACACAGCCAUGGGCAUGCCAAAUGGCCUGAAGACCUGAGUGUGAUCCCAGGUCCCCACCAAUGGUAGGAGAGAACCGACUCAUGCGCGUUGUCCUCCAACCUCUAAAUACACGCAAAACAUGGCGCACACCCCAAUAAAUAAGUGUAAUUUAAAUUUAAAAACACAAAAUCAGGAUAGUGCUUGUUUAGCGUAUAGGAAGCCUUGGGUUCCCACUCCAGAUGUUGGUGGAACAGGCCUGAAAUUAUGGCACCCUAGGAGAUGAAGGCAGGAGGAUACAAAGCUCAAAGCCAGCCUUAACUGCAAAGAGAACUGGAGACCAGCUUGGGCUGCUUUAGACCCUGUCACAAGCUCGAAAAUGGACCUGGUUAUCCAGAUAGAGUCUUCCUUUCUGGAUCUCGGUGCCCAGAUGGGGAGAAGCAUGGUAUUGAGUGUCCAUCGAAGAGACUGAGUUCUUCUCGUCCCUCAGUCUACCCCACCCACCUCUUUCUCCAUUCUUUUCCAAUGUCGGCCAUCACGUCCUGCCUGCCUCUUUUAGUUAUGCAAAUGAAUGAUCUAUAGCCCCGCCCACAGUGUUAUGCAAAUGAAGGGACCAAUGUCUCCGCCCUCCUGAAAAUACGGCGCUGUGGCCCGCCCCCAUGGGCUAUGCAAAUGAACAUCCCGUUCCCCGCCUCAUUGGAUUAUGCAAAUAAGGCUCUCUGUGGCCCCGCCCCUGCCUCGUCCACGGAGUCUGCGCGGAGCUGCAAGCCCGGCGGUCCAGACUUAUCUCUGCCUGUGUCCGCCUGCCCGAUCAGCGGUCUGUCUGACUGUCCUGCGGCGCCGGUACCGUCUAGACUGAGUGGGGGCUCAGGCGGCGGCGGCCUAAACAGGGCCUCAAUGGAGCCCUGGACACACAGAGCCUACCCUCACCUUCCUGGGCCUCAGUUUCCACAUCCGUACAAUGGAGAUGAGUGUCCUCGCCCUGCUGGCCUCCAGGAGUGGCUGUGAGCUGGUGGUGGUCGAGGUGGAGGCCUGUGGGAAGCCCUAGGGUACCUUCACAGAGUUCCCACUCCCUCCUCCUCCACAGGCCCAGCCUUCACCAUGGCUGGAGGGAGACCUCACCUGAAGCGGAGUUUCUCCAUCAUCCCCUGCUUCGUCUUCGUGGAGUCUGUGUUGCUGGGCAUUGUGGUCCUGCUUGCGUACCGCCUGGAAUUCACGGACACCUUCCCUGUGCACACCCAGGGCUUCUUCUGCUAUGACAGCGCUUAUGCCAAGCCGUACCCCGGGCCUGAGGCUGCCAGCCGAGCACCUCCUGCCCUCAUCUAUGCUCUGGUCACUGCUGGGCCCACUCUCACGAUCCUGCUGGGGGAGUUGGCACGUGCCUUCUUUCCUGCUCCCCCCUCCGCCAGUCCUGUCAGUGGGGAGAGCACCAUCGUGUCCGGGGCCUGCUGCCGCUUCAGUCCCCCACUUCGGAGGCUGGUCCGUUUCCUGGGAGUGUACUCUUUUGGCCUCUUCACCACGACCAUCUUUGCAAAUGCGGGACAGGUGGUGACCGGUAACCCCACGCCUCACUUCCUGUCUGUGUGUCGCCCCAACUACACGGCCUUGGGCUGCCCACCACCGUCUCCUGACCGGCCAGGGCCUGACCGCUUCGUCACGGACCAGAGCGCCUGUGCAGGCAGCCCCAGCCUGGUGGCCGCUGCACGCCGCGCCUUCCCCUGCAAGGACGCGGCCCUGUGCGCCUACGCGGUCACCUACACUGCGAUGUACGUGACCCUAGUGUUCCGCGUGAAGGGCUCCCGCCUGGUGAAACCUUCUCUCUGCCUGGCCCUGCUGUGCCCCGCUUUCCUCGUGGGCGUGGUCCGCGUGGCAGAGUAUCGCAACCAUUGGUCGGACGUGCUGGCAGGCUUUCUGACUGGGGCCGCCAUCGCCACCUUUCUGGUCACCUGUGUUGUGCACAACUUCCAGAGCCGACCCCCCAUUGGUCGAAGGCUCUCUCCCUGGGAGGACCUGAGCCAGGCCCCAACUAUGGACAGCCCCCUCGAAAAGUUAAGUGUGGCCCAGGAACCCGAGACCUGCAGGCCGCAUUCGACACCGGCACGGCUCACCCCAUCCAAGCCGCAGAACUGUGCCCGCCGUGGCCACCUGAUUCCCAGCUGUGUGUCCUCCAGGGCCCCAGCCAUGUGCUCCUCACCCCGUGUGCCCCGCCCUCGACUGAGGUCUGAGCCAACACCCCUGCCGCUGCCGAUGCCCCUGCCCGCACCGACUCCCAGCCAGGGUCCCUCGCCUUCGUCCCCUGGACCCGGGGGCCCAGGCGGGGGAGGUGGACGUGGCAGGAAGCUGCUGCUGCCCACGCCCCUGCUACGGGACCUGUACACCCUCAGUGGGCUCCAUCCUUCCCCGUUCCACCGCGACAACUUCAGCCCUUAUCUGUUUGCCAGCCGCGACCACCUGCUGUGAGACCCACCACCUAAAAUAUGCCCAGUGUCCCUGCCACGCGUACGUGUGCCACGUGAGUGCUAAAGGACCCUGACCCCCAAACCAGCCUGGCUCAGCGUCAGAAGAUGGCUGGAAGGACACUUUGGGGUGGGGUUGGGGGUCUCUUGACUGCUCUUUGGCCUUCUGGGACAUCCGGGUAAGCAAAAAACAGACCAGGUGGGCUCAUGUCCCUAGGACUGCCCUUUUAACGGCUGACGUUUGACCUAAUCGGCCAUUGCCUGGCUCCUAGUUCUCAGAAUUCAACCUAAAAGUUUACUCCAACCAACGGGAACCUCUCACUUCUUAGCUUUCUCAAGCAAGAGGGCAACUCCCGCCAACGUUCAGUGUCUUGUACAGCCAAUAGGAGCCCUUGGCUUUCAGAAUUGCCAAGAGUGGGUGGGAAUGAUUCCAAUCAAUGGGGGACCGCCCGUGUCAAAACCAAGUCAAAGCCAAGGAGACUCUCCCAGCUGGAGGGUGAGGGGCAGGCUCCCCCAUAACUGGAUCCUGCGGCACCCCUACCCUUCUAGCUUCUCUCCCAGGUGCACCCAACUCUACUUAAGUAGGGCUUGCCCCAGUUCACUGGUUUUGGAGUUUCGGGUGCUGUCUCCCCUUGGCUGUGCCCAGGGCACCCCCAAACCUUCUAUUAUUUAUUAGGGCUGUGGAAAAAUACUUUAUUUUCUUGGGACCCACCCUUCUUCAUAGGGACCCCCUAUGCCUCAGCCUCAUGCAGAUGUACCAUCUUGUGGGGCAUGGGUGAAACAGGAGGGGGUUCUCCUACCCCGAAUAGCCAAAGGCAGUGGGCAGAUGAGACACUGUCCCCCCUCCCUGCCUCCUUCCUCAUCUUUAAUAAAGACCUGUU